AUGGGGCCUAGCGCUCGAUCCUCAUUCACAUCACUAAAUAUUGAUGGACCAUUCUUCAACACCUUGCCAGCGAGUCUAUGGCCCACUGCUCUUCAGCGCAGUGUUCCCCAUCAUCCGUGGAUUGACCUCUUGCCAGUAGAGGAACUUCGUGACAAUCUGUUACUUCAAAAUGAGACUACGUAUGACGCGGGGCAGCUCUGUCGAGAUAUGCGAGGUUUCCAAUCCGUGAGCAGCGGGCACGGUGGUGUGAUCGUAUGGGGCGACCCGUGGGAUCCGCAAGGUUGGGAAGUGACUGAAGCGUUUGCACAGAAGUGGCCUUGGGUAGUUCGUGGCAGUCGUAGCUUGCUUGAAUCGACAAACUACUGGCGCAGAAAACGUGGCGAACCCGCUCUUUACUUCCAGGACUAUCCGGCAGCUAAUUAUGGACCUCAUCCGCGCGUUCAUGAGAUUGAGGAGGACUUAGAAUCUGUGACUUGA